CGGCGCGAUAUCUUUACCGGCGCGCGGCGCACCCUCAUGUCAACGAGGCCCACAACGGCGCCGCUCCGGCCGACUCUGGUCCAAGCAUUUCCGACAACAGUCGAGUUCGUGGACAUCGAGCCCAUGACGUGCUAUCUCGUGUCGCUGUCGAUACAGAACACAAGUCGUCAUGUCGUUCGGUUUCGAGUGACCGCACCAACGUCCAAGCACUUUCGACUGCUUUUCGACAAUCAAGAUCUCGGUCUGGUGGCAAACCCCACGAGAACGAUAUCCCCCGGUCUCUCGGUCAAGUUUGACGUGGCAUUUCUCAUGGAGCUGGACGAGCAAGUACCGAUCGACUUGCACGACAAAAUCCAUGUCCUCGCCGAGAACAGCACCCCGAUUGAAAUUCCACUGGUGGCCAAGCGUCCUGCUCCGCAACUUGAAUUCGAGUCGUUGGUGGACCUUGGCAUGGUUGUUCUCUCGAAUCGAACGGCCAAAUAUGUCAACGUGCGUAACACGGGUGCAAAAGAGUGCUCGUUUCGAGUAGAACUAGAGCCCGGUCACCCUGUUGUGGUCAUUCCCAAGGACGGUACCAUUCCACCGCGCUCCGAAACACGCUUGAAAGUUGAAUUCAACGGCCGCGAGAUGGGAGCAUAUCGGGCAAUCGCAACCAUUCACUCAGGAAAUGACAAACAGUACCUCCUCGACAUCAGCGCGGUCGUCGUGGAACAUAACAUUGAGCUCGUGUUCCCAGCUGCCGAAGGACUGCCUCCUGACCCGGUCCGCGUUUUGUCGUUUGGGUCUCUCUACUGCGGCGAAACACGCAAGCUCGAGACUAUCCUGCGCAACAACGGGCCACAUCCCAUCGGAUACCAAACCGGCAUUUCGUUCUCGGGACGGCCAUUUCGCGUUGGAGACGACUUAUCGAAUCCUGAGGACGACAGUGAAAUGGACGAAAAGAAGAAGGAGCUGACGGUGCUGCCAAGCGAAGGCAUGGUUCCGCCGUACGCGUCGGCGCUGUUGACGUUUGUGUUCAAACCGAACAAUGCGCUAUCAAGUAAGGCAAAGGGACAGCGGCAGGGGUACACGAGCAGCAGAGUGCCCAUGGGAACCAGUGACGGAAGCACCCACCACUUGAAAGCGUUUGCAUCGAUUGAGUGUUCCGAGAUCAAGCAAAGCCUGGCGAUUGAAAUAUCUGGCGCGGCUGUGGUCCCACAUGUCGUGACAACGCCCGACUCGUUCGACUUUGGGGACUGCGCGUCCGGCGCCCGCGUCGACAUGAUCCUCAACAUUAAGAACGAGGCGAUGCUACCCGUGACAUUUAAACUCGACAAACUCGCGCACUUUGCCGCGCAUCCGUCCAAGGGCCGUCUCGAUGUUCUCCAGUCCCAGAAUAUUGUUGUUAGCUUUGCCCCAAGUCAGCUCGGGCGAUUUCAGACAACGUUCCAUUUGGACGUUCAGGGCGGCAGCCUCAUCCUUCCGAUUCACGUAAGGGGCACAGCCACGAAUGUAGGGCCCAAGAAGCAACUCGUCGGUGGCCUCGACACGCUUCCAAACGACUUCCGCCCCAAGUUUAACUUUAUGACGGUCGACGACAUCAAGACGCAAAAGCUUGCUCCCAAACCCGCGUUCCACCGCAUCCCGCCGUUCGAAGUGGCCGCGCGAGAAGGCACUGCUGCCGUCGACGAGUAUGAGUUCCAAGGGACGAACAACACACACUUGACGUACUGCGUCAACGAACUGGCCGAGAGGUCGCACCACCGCGACGGAUACAACUCGAUCUUGCGCCAAUACCGCCACGACCGCUUGACGAAGCAAGACAAAUCAAAUCAGCGUCCGUCCAACCCGAUCGACCUCGGCAUGACGCCGCAAGGGGGCAUCGACGGCCCGGAUUGCAAACUCCCCGUUGCAACCGAACCACUGUGGAUGCAAAGUUCGCUGGGCAACCGUCGCGGGUCAGGCGGAGCGUCGUCGUCGCCAUUCGAUGACAACAAAAUCAUCAAAAAGAAAUUUAAGCCGCUGCCCGUGACGCAGGCAGAAGUCAAGGACUGUGCGACGACCCUCACAUCCGAGCAACUCAAGCUGAUCGUGGCAGGCCCCAAGACAAUCAAUUUUGGAAAAGUUUGCGUGCACUCGGUGUCGAAAAAGUCGUUUAGUGUCACGAACGACCUCCCGCACAACAUUUCAGUCCACGUUCAUUUGGCCAACGAUCACGACGAGCUCCAGCAGACGACGCCGUUGUCGCAAGUGAUCCCAACGGGGGCGACUGCUGGCUUUGACUUUACCUUUUUCUCGCGCGUCGAGCAAGUGUUUCAAAAGUACGUCAACUACACAAUCAAUGGCCAGCACUCGUUCAAGCUCCUCGUGACGGCCGAAGUCGUCCCGAUUCGCGUGGAGUUGUCGACGCCAGUGCUCGAGUUUGCCUUUGACGCGAGCGAUCUCAACCCUGACGUCGCCCAGCAGCUCGUGGUCAAGAACCCAGGCAACUCGGAGGCCAAGUUCAGCUGGGCGCCCGAGCCGCACCAUCCCCCGGUGGAGUGUGCUUUCGAAGCGACUCCAAAGCAAGGGACUAUCGCACCCGGUGGCAGCUGCCACAUCCGCAUUGCGUUCUGUCCCCGCUACAACUUGCCGAAUCAAGCCACCAUGGUUGUGUCGGUCGACGGAGGGAAACCGGCCCACCUCCAUUGCGUCGGCCACAUGGUCGAACCCAAAUGCGUAGCGCGCGAGAAACGAGUCGAGUUUGGCACGAUUGCCGCCGGCAUUCCGAAAGAGAAGAAGGUGCUUAUUUCGAAUCAAAACAUCGCGGCAGCGACGGUGUACUACGCCGACAUCGAACCUGCCACCACCGGUCUCGUCGUCCGACCUCCCAUCGGCGCACUCAUGCCCGGGGAAACGGUUGAGCUCUGCGUCGUGCUCGACGUCGCCCGCGCCGUUGCCUUGGAAGGAGUCGUUCUGGAGAUUAAGAUUCGAGGCGGGCGUACAAUUCGAGUCCCUAUUUCGGCUGACGUGGUGCUCCCGAACGUGUGUUUCAACACGCCACCGGAACAAUUCGACUUUGGCGGGGUGACGAUGGGGGUGCUGGUGACGCGGGAGCUGUCGGUGACGAAUCCGUCGCCCGUGCCAGCCCACCUCGCGCUGGAUUUCUCGUCUCAUGCGCCGGAAUUCCAAUUGGCGAUGCCGGUACACCUGAACCCAGACGUCCAAGACGAAGUGCAUGCGAUUUUUGUCCCGGCAGAUGUCGACCCUCCUUCCAAGUGGCAGCUCAUCGUGCCACCGACUACGACGCUCAAAUUUCACUUUCUCUUUCGCCCCGAGCGAAUCAUGACUCACUCAUUUGCAUUUCCAAUCCAUUUGGAGGGGGUCCCCGCACGCACGGAAGCGCUACAUCGCACCGUCCUGGCGACCGGCUUGAAGCCCCGCAUGCUGUUUUCUAGCUCGACACUGGACUUUGAGAAGCGCGUGAUAACCCGCGACAACGUGCGCAAGAUCCCGUACUCGAUGGGGCUCACUUUAACCAACGACGACCCGCAAACCGUCAAGUGGUGCAUCGACUUGUCCAAGCUCAAGUCGAAGAAGAGCGUGUUUCACAUUGCACCAUCGGCUGGCGAACUGGCGUCAGGCGACAAGUGCACCGUGCGAGCCAGCUUUCUCCCCACGGACGCGAUCGAGUACACGGCAGAAGUGCCUGUGCUGCUGGACGACGUGCCUUAUGUGACGCUCUCGUUGGUUGGGAAAGGAAUCCACCCACACUUGAGCUUUAGUGUUGCGCGAGUCGACUUGCCGACAGUCCCCCUUGGCAUCACGUCCACGGCCACGUUUUUCAUUUGCAGCACGGGGUACGACAAUUUGGAGCUGAGCUACCGGCUCCCGAUCGAUUUAUCCCGCGUCCCGAUCGCGGUGACGUUUCCAGACGGCAAGUCGAUUGGAAUUGCAAAUCCCAAGGUUCAAGUCGACAUCAGUUUUGUGUCGACAAAGAGCAUCGCGUUCAACGCCAAGCUCGAGUUUUUUGACGUCGAGGGCAAUCAGUUCGACCUGCCUCUCUCCGGGGCGACGGACAAUUGCAUCCUGACUAACUUUGGAUUCGUCGAGGCGCACCGCAACGAGUUUGGGUUCUUCACCGACGCCGACCAGCGGUACCCAGUGUACUUUUUGGAAAAGACCCACAUCAAAGUCCUGUCGAAAAAAGCGUUGCCCGCCCCUCCGGUCGCGACCAAACCGGACGACGACAAGCAAAAAAAGGCCAAAAAGAAGAUGGUGGCCCCCAAAGAGAAGCAACCGGCCGCCGUCCCCAUCCAACCUGUGCCUGCCGCCGUCGAAGUCACUGGAAAGCUCCUGCACAUGCCUCACAUCCACGAGCCCAAAGUCGACGAGCUGGCGCUGCUCAUGAAGUGGCUCAACAUGAAUAUUCUCAAAACGCCCAUGACGGCAUUUCCCCAUGAUCUAGUUCAAAACGCCGGACGCCCCGUGUACGAGAUGCUCGAAGCAGUGUGCGGCAAGGCUGUGCCAGGUCGAGUCAAGCAGCUGUCGACAAACAAACGCGAACAAGGCACCCAAAUGGUCGCGCAAUACGUCGAGUUGCUGCGUUUUCUCAAAUCGUACGGCGCGCUGCUGAACGAUGUUCGACCAGAGCAACUCUUGGACAGCGAGCAGUACGUCCGAUGGAGCGAGGACGACGACAAGAACCAGCUUCACCGUCGGCUCUACUUUGAGAAAGAAUGGCAUCGCGUGUCGUGCCUGGCAUGGACCAAAGUGAUUUUUCAAAUCAUCAAGUGCUUUGUUUUGUUUCGCAUUUCGACCAAGGCGUACGCGGCGCUGCCAGGCAUUGUCGACCCCGCCACCAAACUCCCCACCGACGUUGUGAUGCGAGACUGCACCAAGAGCAACGUGUACUCGGAAUCCGAGAUGGUCUUGAUCCAGUGGCUGUUGCACCACUCGAAACGCAUGGCCACUGUGGCGGAACCGCGGCUCAUCAUGGACUUGGAACAUGAUCUGAAAGACGGUGUCGUCCUGUGUUAUGUGCUAGCAUCGCAUGUCCCGACGCUAGCCGUCGACGGGGGCCCGCUCCACGGAUUCAAUCGAAAGCCGACGUCCGCCGAGCAUUGUCUCGACAACGCAACGUGCCUGCGCAAUGCCCUCUCGUGCCUCGGUAUGGACUACGGGGUCCCCGCCGACCAGUUGUGCAACCUUAGCCUGCCGUCCACGGUUCUGUUGCUCUUACACUUGUACCAGAACGUGCCCCAGUUCAUCCCGAAGACAACGAUCGAGUUCAAGGGCGUCCUCGGUCAAACGAUUCAAAAGUCGAUCGAGCUCAAGAACCCAAGCAAGAAAACGAUUGUGUACGACGUGUUCUUGGAAGGCCAAGUGAAAGAAUUUAGCAUCUACAGCCACACGUUGACGCUAGAGCCAGAGAAGAGCCAGAGCUUUCUCGUGGAUUUCACGCCCAAGUUUACGCGAACGGUGCAAGCCCGCCUCACGUUUCGCAGCUUGCGCGACGGCCCGACGUGCGCCGCCACGAUGGUGUUUUUGCUCGAAUCCAACAUCUACUCGCGAAAACCGAUUCGCGUGUUUCAGUUCGAGACGAGCAUGUACGACCGAAAGGUCGAGGACAUUGUAAUCGAGAACCAAUUCCCCGUGAACGCCGUGUACAAGUUGACCAUGCUGCAGCAGCCGUCGACAAGCGAGUUGCCGCACAAAUCCAUCAAGGACACGACCGACGACAACGCGUGCAUGGAUGGCCAGCUUCCGUUCUUCUUGCCCGACGUCGUCGGCGACAUGGUUGCGAUUCGAAAAGACGGCAACACGACGGUAAAAGUCGAGUUCUUGCCGCUCAAUCCGGGCGUGUACAAGUGCCAGCUGCUCUUUCUCGACGAAAACGUCGGCGAAUUCAUGUACGAGCUGCAUUGUACGGCGCAUUUGCCCCCGACGCUCGAGACGCUCGAGAUCACGAGCGACAACAAGCCCCACAUGCUCAAGGAAUUGAUUGUGCCCGCCCGAAAUCCUCUCCUAAACAAAGCGCUCGCCGUCGUCGUCGACCGAUUCCAGGGCCUUGUCAAGGCCAAGGUGCGGGAUGGGUUGCGUAAAUGCGAAGACUGCCACCACACAACGUUUCAUGCGGAAGUGAACUCGCCGUAUUUUGUUUUGCAAAACUCCGAAGUGACGCUGAAAAGUGGCGGGACGUCCACCACGCCGAGCAACCAUGAUGGGGACAAGAAAACGGCAAACCAAGCCAAGUUGAUCACACCACGAGGGACGCUGUCAUCUCCGACAAGCUUGAUGCUGGACUUUCAGCCGCGUGGGGCGGGGCUGUACAACUGCAAAGUCCUCUUGCGAUCGACGGCAUCGUGUGGCUGCGACAUCCGCGUGUACGAAAUCCACGCCAAGGUGACGGACGUUGGCAUUCGAACCAUGUUGGAGUUUUGUGCCCCCGCCCGCCAAACGAUUGUGCAAGACAUUCCCAUCAUCAACCCGACGGACGAAACGUGGAACUUGCGAGCGAAUUUGACAUGUUCGUCCGGCGUGUUUACGGGCCCGACGACGUUGAGCAUCCCGCCCAAGAAGACCAACACGUACUCGCUGACGUUCAAGCCGCAGUGGCUCGUGGCCGAGACUGGGUUGUUGCUUUUGCAAAAUGCCAAGACGGGCCAGGACUUUGAAUUUGGGCUGAGCGGCAUUGGAGAAGAGCCACUUGCGAUGGAGCAUGUCGUGCUGCAGUGCCAAGCACGACAAAGCUUGGUCCAUGAAUUCGAAGUGCAAACGUUCAAGAACGACCCUGCUGGACCGUUCACGUUCACUGUCGAAUCCGAUCUGCCUUACGUCGGGGGCGCGUCCCAACUGGUGCUGCCAGGGCCGAACGUCACGGCGCUGUACAAACUCACGUUCAACCCGCUGAUCGGGGGAACGUACUUUGGGAGCAUCACGUUUACAAACACGCGGACAAAAGAGUACUGCUGGUACACGAUCGAAGCGACGGUGACGCCACCAAGCCCCGAGUCGACUCUCGAAAUGACGACGACAGUGCGAUCCAUGGUGGGGAUGGAGAUCAGUUUGGAGAACCCGCUCGAUCGCGCCGUCGUCUUUGACAUCGCGCUCAAGGGCAACGGGCUCUUUGGUCCAACGCAGUUUGCGUUGGAGGCACAGCAAACAGGAAUCUAUCAGCUUCUGUACUCGCCACUCUUACCCGGCAACACGACAGGGUCCAUUGGAUUUACAAACGACGACGUCGGCGAGUUUUCUUACCUACUAAACCUCCAUGCGACUCCUGCCCCCCCGAUUCAGCUAGAAGACAUGCAGUGCGCUGUGGGGGACGUUGUAUCCCAGCCCAUCACGAUCACCAAUCCGAUGGACACCCCCAUUGCGCUCGACAUCGUGCUCAGCAACACGCGAAACUUCCGCAUCCGAGACGAGAACAUCGUGGUGAAGCCCUUGAGUACCUACACUGCCAUCCUCGACUACAUCCCGAGCAGUUUGGCCGACUUUGAAUGCGCCGAGAUUCAGUUUGUCCACCCAGACGUGGGGACUUGGGAGUACAAGGUCCAAGGAAAGGGCAAGCCACCGAGCUUGAUGAAAACGACCCUCGUGCACGCAACUGUCGGCGAAGCAGCGAGCUCCCUCUUCUCGUUCCGGAAUCCGUUCCCGGACGCUCUAACUGUCGACGUUACCAUGGUGCAGCUCGGCCACCCCGACAAAGGCAUCCCCGACCGCCCCCCUGGAACGAGUGGUAGCCAAGCUGGGCACAGUCCGACGGGGAUGAGCCGGCAGCGUCAACGUCCGCAGACGGCGCCUCCUCCAGUGUUUGAUAUUUUGCUCAAGAAGCCCAAGGUGACGUUGGAGGGCUUUGGAACACUUCAAGUGCCAAUUUCGUUUUCGCCCCACUUUGUGUCGGAAGCGGGGGCGCAGAUCAUCAUCAAGGGCGACAAGGAGCUCGAAUGGGUGUAUCCAAUUCGAGGCAUUGCCCAGGCUCCACCAAACCCGCGAUCCCAUUCCUUUGUGUGCCGCGCGCGAGAGUCGUGUGAGAAGAAACUGAGCUUGGAAUUGCUCGCGCUGGAAAAAGUGACCCCCGACGAGCGCUUUACGAUCGAAUGGGACAUUCCAGAGCCACACGCUCGCGUUGUCGAACGCACGCUGACGGUCACUCCACUCGUGGACAGCAUCUCGUCCGUCACAACGCCGUUGGAGUACCUGGUGCGAUUCGAUCCACUUAAGCCGAUCCGACUGGCCGUGGCAUUGGUCGUCAAGAAGAGGUCGGGGGGACUGUGGCGGUUUGACAUCCACUUGGACGCGUCCGAUCCCGUCGUCGACGACGUCCUCACGAUUGAGUCGGCUCUGAAUCAAACGUCGAGUGUCUCGUUCAAAUUGUCCAACCAAUUCCGGGAAGCGACACCGUUCCAAGCCGAGUUUACCCCCGGGUCGUCGCAAGCGUUCACGGUGUACCCUGUCGAAGGGAUGCUGGCCCCGUACGGGACAGAAGGCACGCCCUUUACGAUCGCGUUCACCCCCACGGGGUACGGCAAGAUGUGCUCGGGGCAAUUGGUCGUGCAGACCGACGAAAUGCAGUGGACGUUCAAUGUCAAGGGGACGCAUCCCGAGUACAAAGUGCCGCAAGGGGAGGCCAAAGUGCACACAAAAGGCAGCAAGAAGCUGAGCCCCCCCAGCACGUCCAAGAAGAAGAAGAUUUUUGGACGCAAGUGACGAUUGUAGAAAAUUUCCACCAUGCCAAUCCAACGUCGAUGAAAUUGAAAAGGGCAAUUUGUACGAUUAGCACCUUCCAAUGCUGGAUACAAAAAAC